AGUAAUAAUUUUUUUUGAAAUCUCGAAAUUGUAAAUAUUUUGUGAAAAAUUUACUAGAAAAUACUUCAAAAUUAUUGGUUUGUUUGGUUCUAGUCGCUGUAUGCUAGCGGUGAUGUUAAGCAUUAGUAAUUAUAGAUGAAAUUAACGCAAAAUGCCAAAUAAAAUGGUCGAAAACUCGACCAAUAUAACCGAUGUAACAGACACAAAGGAUGAUUCCGUGCAUAAAAGCUUGUUGUUAGUUACUGUACGUGAGGGGAAUUCUGUGCUGCCCGUCGUCCUACGUCGUCUAUCGGAAGAUGGCAAGGUGAUGAUAGGUUGGGAGCAAAGUUGUGGAGGAGGAUUUCGAAAAAUUGAGCCAAAACCAAGGCAUGAAUCUGACGAUCAUGAAUGUGAGGGAGGUAAUGGUGGAGAUACACGGAGUCCGAGAAUACUGGAAUCCCGGUCCACCCGGCGAGGUGUACGAAUCUGCCCAACAUGUCAGGGGAGGGUGGGCUACAGGUCCAAAGUUUGCAAGCAUUGUUGGCUAUCCUCUGGGAAUUCUAGUCGACCUACAACCAAUGUGAAAAAAAGACGUGUCAGGCAAAGAAAAGACAAGGCAAGCAUUAAACAUAACACAGGAGUCGUAGGCAGGGAGAUGGUGGAUGUUGAUGGGCAAAGUACAGAGGGGGGCCCCAACACUAUGUCUAUUGAUAACUUUGAGGUGCAAAUGAACAAUUCAAAAUCCGACGAGCCGUUGCUUUAUGUCCAUGUGCCAACAACGUCCGAACUGGUUGAUCAUUACGGUGAAACAACAGAAGUUGCUCUGUCUGGAGAUGAUGCAUGUACAAUGGCAAACCCCAAUGACAAUGCUGAUCACAGUAAUGUUGCAUAUGAAACGCAAAUCAGGACGGAUGCUUUUUCUGCUGAUAAAAGCAGUUUUGACGAGAACGAUCAGGUCCAUUGCCAGCAUAGUGACGUUGACAGCUCCAGGCGGGAAUCGUUAGAGCAAUUGUGCCGUCAGAGUGUGGAUCACGAGCCUGGAACGGAGACUCGUACAGCCGAUGUAAGCUAUUAUAUUACGGAGAAUUCAGCGUACGGUGGUGCAUCGAAUCGUGUUCGUGCCGGUCACAAAAGUAGACCAGGGAAUUUGGCAGAUAUUGAGGGAAACAUGGCAAGAAAUAUCUGUCAUUUACCCGAAGUUGGUAGAGAAAGGCUGGCAUCCGGUGAAAAAAGCGUCAAUUGUAAUGAAAGCGAAGACGCUCAAAACGAGGAGAAAAUUUCUGUGGAAAGUAGACCUGGCGAGCUGGUGGUACCUGAUGGUGAGGAAUGUCAUCCAUCAGUACGCAUAGAUGUCGAUAACGUUGGUUUAGUUUCAGUAACGACCUCCGAUGUUAGUUCAAAAACUGCAAAUCAUCAAGAGAGAAGCGUCUCUUUGCAGCCGGACACCUCGGAGAGUACGUUUGGUCUGGAAACGGGUUUAAAUAAUCAGGAAAAGUUGAACGAAGGCUGUGAAGAAUAUAGAAACACAAAACGAAAAAAGAAAGCGCGACUGUGGAAGGGACCGUAUAAUGUCAAGAAGAAACCUAAAGUGUCCAUUGUGCAGUUUGUAAGAAUUGAGCCAAAACCUUUUGUCGAUGAGGAGGCAAUCAAAAACAAACAAGGGGUUUUAAAACAAAACAGGUUGUUAGCUAGCAAUCCAACGAGACGAGGUGUGAUGCUCUGUCCUCUGUGUCAGAAGGAUGUUGGAUGCCGUUCGAGGACUUGUAAAUAUUGUAAAGUUGCCAUCAAUUUGUGCUCGAACAAAGCGCCACUUGACCAGAAAAAUCUUCUUGCCGUUCAGCUCUGCAGGGAAACGUGUUCACGACAUACUAUAGUUUCUAUUAAGAAAACUUUGAAUGCCACCGAGGAUAGAUGUUUUCUUCACAAAUUAAAAACGAAUGAAGAAGACGAACUUUCUAACAACGAAGCAGGUGUGUUCUCUUGCGACUGCGAUGAGGAUAGCUCCAUUGAAAGACCUUCCUGUGAGCAUAUUUUGUGCGUCUAUAGAAGACCAAGGAUCACACAAGCUAGAAGAAUAAACCUUAAACCUGCCGAAAUAGAAUCCCUGCCCAUCGAUUUCAUUUUUAAACUUAAACUUGGCGAACUCUGGGAGAAAGUCAAAGAAAAAGAAUUUCCGCUUGUCCAACAAGUUUGUCAGAAUACCCUGGUUGUUCUAGAUGUCGAUUCAAACGUCCAAAUGACGCCUUCGAAUUGUGUCCAUGUUCGUUUCGAGAAGAUCAGACGUCGAAGCAGCACAGAGCUUCAUAUUUUUUGUUCCGGAAAGACGUGCUCGCUUUGGAAUGCUGCGAUGGAGGAUGAGGCCGAAGGAGAGGUCGAGGUCGAGAAAGACAAUCCAGUUACGUGUUUACAUUACUGUGUCAGCCUGUGGGCGAUUGCUUCGGAUGGUGAAUUACAAAAAUACUUUAAAACAUUUCUCGACGCCAUGCAAGUGUAUCUACAUAGUGAAGUUUUCGAUAGCGUCCUGAAAGAAUGAAUCCUCGGGCAGGUCAAACAUGAGAUAAUCUGUGUGUUGGUUCACCUCGCUCGGAAAAUAGAACGUUCUGAUAAUUACGUCACAACUUUUUUUACUUAAGGCCAGCUUCAAUGAAAUUCUUAUUUUACAAAUAAGUUUAGAAAUAAGCCUUAACACUGAAACUAGUCUUAAUGUCUUGGCCAUGCACCGAGCUUCGUUUUCGUGUAUCGGUUUACUUUCGUUUAUUUUCCAAAAUAGGAAAUUAUUUUUUAUGUAUGAAGGGGUUUUUCCUUUUUUGGAGCCAAAUCAACCGAGUUUAAGUUGUGACGUAGUUAUUAGAAAGUCUAUAUCAAGGCUGAAAUCUAUAUAAGUGAAGUUAGUAAGUUCAAGGAGCAAGUAUUUAAUCCAUCGCAGUUGUCGCUGCUACUUUGGUUUUUGAUAAUGAAAAUAAUUACCACACAAAGAUUACAUUUUCAUUAUUUUAGCCAGAGUAGCAAUAACAGAAGGGAAGAGCGAAAAGAAAAGAUUUUUGACAAUCUUUAUGCAAAGUUUACGGAAACAAAACAUUAUAAAAUGGUGUUUUCAUUUUAGUCGGAAGACCAAAUAACAUGCAUCAAACGUCAUUUUCCCUUUCCAGUUACGCCUGGCCGGGAUUGUAAAUGUAUAGAACCAUAAACAUUUCCACAACUGUUUUCUGUAUGAAAAGUCAAACUUAUGCACUAUAUACAUUGCACAAUUAUAUAUACGAAAGAAUAAAUUAAAGUGCUUGGCGCUAAAAGUGCCGAUGCCAAAUUACUAAAGUUGGCAGCAAGUUGUAUUCGCAUGAGGUCGCUAAACAUGUUAGCAAGUUCUAACGACCGUGUCGAGUUGUCAGACUUCUCGCAAGGUCAAUAAUAAGAUUAAUAUUAUACAUGACAUGUCAGUUUGUUAACAAAAUUUUAACAACGUCAUCGAAGACUUUAUUGCAUGGUUGGUUGGUAUAGAAUACUUGUAAUUGUAUCAAAUCUGUGUAUGUGAUAGAUGUCAAUUGUUUACAUUGGUUUGAAGUCUUCUCAUUUGGUUCAGCAUUGUAAUAAAGCAUUCAAA